AUGGCCGCCCGAACCCAACGCCCCGCCCAAACCGCCGGCACGCCGCGCGGUUGGACCCGCCGCCUCCUCGGCUGGGCGAUCAAGGUCCUGCUCGGCUUCGUGGUCCUCUCGGUGCUGUGGGUCCUGCUGCUGCGCUUCGUGCCCCCGCCAAUCACCCUGACCAUGCUGGGCGACGUGCCGACCGGCCACGGCGUCACCAAAUCAUGGCGCAGCCUGUCGAAUAUCGACCCGGACAUGCCCCGCGCG